GCACAAUCGCAGAUAUGUUUCCUGCAGCUCAACGCGGCAUUGCCAUCAGCCUAUUCGCUGCAGCCCCUUUGACCGGCCCCUCCCUUGGGCCUAUCAUUGGAGGGUUCCUCGGCGCAGGGGCAGGCUGGCGCUGGCUGGAGGGAUUCAUGGCUGCCUUUUCGGGAGUCGUGUGGUUGUGUAUCUGUUUCUUCCUGCCCGAGACAUACGCCCCGGUCCUGUUGCGCCGACGAGCGGAGAAGCUUUCAGAGUUGAGCGGUCACGUCUACCGCAGCAAACUGGACAUGGAAAGAGGCAGGGUGUCUUUGAGCCAGUCAUUGAAGACCGCCCUUUCGCGACCAUGGAUUCUGCUCUUCAGGGAGCCUAUCGUGCUUCUGUUCUGCAUCUAUAUGGCCAUCAUAUACGGGACUCUGUACAUGCUGUUCGCCGCCUACCCAAUUGUCUUUCAAGAGGCACGUGGUUGGAGCGAAGGCAUUGGGGGGUUGGCCUUCCUGGGAAUCUUUGUCGGAAUGGUGAUUGCCGUCGGCUUCACGUUCCCCGACAAUAUGAAGUACGCCAAAAAGUGCCGAGAAGCCAAAAGCCGUCUUCCUCCUGAGGUCCGUUUGCCCCCUAGCAUCAUCGGCGGGAUCGCCUUGCCCAUCGGGCUUUUCUGGUUUGCCUGGACGAACUACCCGUCUAUCCACUGGAUGGCCUCGGUGGCCGCGGGGGCACCAUUCGGAUUCGGCUUAGUCCUGGUGUUCCUGAGUGUCUUCAACUACCUCAUCGAUGCGUAUACGAUCUACUCCGCAUCGGUUCUAGCGGCCAAUUCAGCUCUCCGGUCUCUGUUCGGCUUUGCAUUCCCCCUGUUUACGACUUACAUGUACGACAACCUCGGCAUCCACUGGGCUUCAUCCAUUCCCGCCUUCCUGUCUCUAGCUUGUAUCCCGUUCCCCAUCGUCAUCUAUCUGUAUGGUGCUCGCAUCCGCAAGCGCUGUGUCUAUGCCGCACAGGCAGAGGCAUUCAUGCAGAAAUUGGCAGCUGCGCAGCAGCAAAGCCAGGCUCCUCGCCCAGCGCCAACUGAGAACGACGACGUGGAGAAAGCAGAACCGGUCAACGCUGCCAACGACAAUGUUGAUGAGGACAGCGAUAGCGAUCUUUCCACCGUGCCUUCGGGGGCUGCCGUGGAGCGGCACAUGUCGCGGGCGUCCCGCGCCUCUCGGAAAUCCGGUCGCUCACUCGCUCAGACGGUGACGUAUGAGGAGAAUCCGUAUGACAUCGACCGGAUCAAUACCUGCAAUUCUACCGUCAGCGGCCGACCUAGGAACGAUUGAAGCCAUUACUAGGAGAAAUACUGGAUUAUUCCCAGCCGGGACUCUAGUGUCCUGGGUUACGACCCAAGCCCUUCAUCAAAGCUCCGAUACUGAGCCUGGGCGUUCACCCACAAUCGCGAUGCCGACGCAUUCAUUACCUGGGUGCGCUUCGAUGAGGGAAAACUAUUGAAUUCUGGUUGAGGCCAGCAAUAGAAUUGCCC